CGAGCGAGCCGAGUUGCGGCCCAAAUCUAUGGGAUAGAUUGGUGGAGAACUUGGUUCGCAGACUUUAUAAUAUAUGCGAAAGAAGGGGUGAGAAGAGACGCGAUAGUAAUACGUGAGUAGGUAUUACACUACGACAGUCGAAAUGAAGAAAAGAAGAAGCGCGUAAUCGCGUUUGGAUUAAUCGCGGCGGUGCAAUUAUGAAGACUGAAAUGGAGACGGAGUCCGAAUGUGCGGACGGCGUUCUGUGCCCGAAGGCCAACAACAAUAACAACAACAACAACAACAACAAUAACAACACGAAUAACAACAACAAUAUCGCCGUCGCGAAAAAGAGCGGUAGCGAUAACGGAUACGACGCUAUGGAGAUGGAUUGCGGCGGCUGUGGGGAGAGCGUACGAGAGCGCACCGUCCUGUGCGUAGGGGGUCGUACCUGGCACUCGAGAUGCCUAAAGUGUUGCGCCUGUGCACGACCCCUGCACGAUCAGCACUCGUGCUUCCUGCGCGGCAUGCGACUCUACUGCAGGCACGAUUACGCCUUAACAUUCGGCGCAAAAUGCGCGAAAUGCGGGCGCAGUGUGGGCGCUGGGGAUUGGGUGAGGAGAGCUAAAGACCGAGUCUAUCACUUGGCAUGUUUCGCUUGUGAUGCCUGCUCCCGUCAACUCUCCACGGGUGAGCAAUUCGCGCUUCUGGACGCCCGACUGCUCUGCAAGGCCCAUUAUUUGGACGUGGUCGAGGGUAACAAUACUUCGUCAUCGGAGGAUUGCGAUUCCGAGCACGGUGGCAAAGGCAGCAAGACGAAACGCGUGAGGACGACCUUUACCGAGGAGCAGCUUGCAGUCCUGCAAGCUAACUUCCAGAUGGACAGCAAUCCCGACGGACAGGAUCUUGAGAGGAUAGCCCAGGUGACCGGCCUCAGCAAGAGGGUCACGCAAGUUUGGUUUCAAAAUUCCAGGGCGAGGCAGAAGAAGCACAGCGGCAAGAUCAAAACUCAGAUGCAUCAUUCGCCGCCGAUGCACCAUCAUCCAGUCGACCUGUAUCCCAGUGGCAUCAACGUGGUCGGCGCUUAUCUCGGUGGUUAUCAGGCCAGCAAUGCCGGUAGCGAGAGUCCAGGUAGCCCGUUAACGCCCCUUACACCUUUGACUCCGCUCACACCGACGACGCCGAAUCAUUUGCAGGCCCAAUUCUGUCAUCCCGCGGGAUAAGUCAAUAUAAAUUUCCACGAAGCUAUUGGUAUUAACCCUCCGCACUGCAUGUGCUUUCAGCGGCAAUGAU